AUGGCGGGUAAAGGCAAGUGGAUCGUUGAGGGCCACCUUCCUCUUGCUAUUCCCGUCUUCAAGAAGCACGGAAUCCUUGGCUAUACACUUUCCGUCACGCCGCCAACGCUGAAUAGCGCCAUGAAGGAGGACCUUGGAAGGUAUCGACCCGCCUGGGAUUUUGCUGACUUUGACUGCUUUAUCGAGUAUGUGGUGUCUGAUACGCAGUCGAUCAAAAACGUAAUGGCAGAUCCAGAGUGGCUGGGAGCGGUCAAGGACGAAGAGCACUGGGUGAACACGUCGAAGGCGUUAGCUACUGUGGGAUACGCGACUCAGUACUUAUUGCCGAGCGGGGAGACUGUUAACUUACCGAAAUGA